GCGAAAAGAAUGUGUGAUCGUCAAUCCCAAAGCAUACCAAGCGCCAUAGGGCUGCAAGGGUCCACGGUACGGCAGCUGGUCUCGCUCGAUACCCUGGGCUUUCAUCCCGCGGCGGAACCCGAUGUAGGACGUGAGGACGCUGAUCCAGUUGAGGGCGCCAAAAACAGUCACGAGACUGACCAGAUAGCCAAAGACACUCGACGCGGAUUUGCUGACGUUCAUGUAUCCCAGGAGCACAAAGACCGACGUCGCGGCGACGCCGUACAUGGGAACUCCCCUCUCCGUCGUGUAGAGAAAGAUGGCCGGGGCGUGGCCGUCCUUUGCCAGCGAGUAGAGCGUACGGGCGCCGACGUAUAUGUCGGUGUUGGCCGACGAGAUGACAAACACGAGAAGGCAGGCGUUGACGAUGUCGGGAAGGACCUUGAUGCCGCCGAUGGCCAUGGCGAUGACGUAGGGGGACGCGGCCGCGCUGACCUGGGCCUUGGUGGCACCGACGAGUCUUUCGUUGUUGUAAGGGACGGCCAUGCUGAGGGUCAAGACACCGAUGAUGUAGAAGAAGCAGAUGCGCCAGAGGGUCUGCCUGAUGGCGCUGGGGAUUGUGACCCUCGGGUUAGGCGUCUCGCCGAAUGCAGAGCCCACGACUUCGGUGCCCGUGUACGAGAAGCACGCCUGGACCAUGCAGGCCCAGAAACCCAGGAAGCGGCCGAGGGUUCCGGGCUGCAGGUAUUCGGCAAAGGCUCCUGGGUCUUUCCAGUAUUGAAAGCCGACUCGGCCAUGGGCAGGGGCGCCGCCGAGAGAUACAACCAGGCAGGUGAUCAUAACGGUGACGAGAGUUAUGAUCUUGAUGGUUGAAAGCACGAAUUCCGCCUCACCAAAGCUGCCGACGUGAAGUACCUGCGAUCAGUUUUUUUUUCUUAGCGAUGUCAA